AUGCUAGCAGUUGAGGAAUCUUCUGAUAUGAUAAACGUGCCACAAAAUAACAUUUAUAAGAUGCUUUGGUCCUCGGGUAUCCAUCCUAAGUGGAAAUUAUUCUUGUGGAAACUUCUUCAUAAUGGCUUGGCAACCAAGGUCAAUCUGGGGCGAAAAGGUAUCCAGGUCUCGAUCUUCUGUGAUGUUUGUGGGUGUGGCGAAGAAGACAUACAACAUCUCUUCCGGUUUUGUAACUUUGCGCAACAGGUUUGGAGGAGUGGAUCCCUAGCUAUCCACUCGGAAUUCAAUGAAACUAUGUCCUUUUCGGAAUGGUUUCUGUUUUAUAUCCGGCAAUUUCAACGCCAGGGUGGGAACCGCAGCCUGAGAAUAGUGUACUUUAUUAGUACACUUUGGGGUCCGUGGUUGAUUAGGAAUAACAGGGUAUUUAGGGGAGAGAUUUCGACAAUUGCAAUUGCUCAAGCGCUUAUCAAUAAGGGGAUGGGUGAACAUGAUUUUCUUCGGAAUCAAAAACACCCAUAUUUAGGGUUUCUACAUCCUCCUGAGGAUUCUUUAGGUUUUCCACCAGGUUUUUUCAGGGCUAUCAUCUCGGGUACGGAAGACCAGGGUGCUCCAGCUAUAAUCUUGGUGGAUGGUUCGUGGCAUAAGAUUACUGGGAAUGCUGGAAUGGGUUGGGUUCUAGAUGGUCAGUAUCUGCAGGAGGGGAGAAUUCUGGGAGGAGCUCAGCCAGGCACUUCUCAUUCGGCUUUGCAAUCAGAGGCUAAAGCUUGUCUUCUAGGUUUACGGUGGGCGUCUCAGUCUUUGAUAACAAGAGUUACAAUUUUAACUGAUUCACAUCGGUUAGUUGAACUGUUGCGAGGGGAUGCGAUGUUAGAUGUGCAAAUCAUGUGGACAGUUGCGGAAAUCAAGAAAGUGGGGAAAACCUUUUCUUGGUGUUGUGUCAACAAGGUUGAUCGUCAACAAGUGCAGCAGGCUCAUGAGCUAGCAACUGCAACGUCUACUUCUCUUUUGUGGUUUAAUACUUUUGCGUAG